AUGGCCCCUUCAACUUACUCGCAGGACCAUGCUGAUUCUCAGCCUCCGACGGUCGCUGCCUUCUCGCCAUCCACCAUCUCCGGCUCCUCUUUGACCUCCCGCCAGCGCUCCAGCAUCAUCGUUCAUCGCAAGUCACCUCUCCUCGUCUCGACUCCGCCUCCCGUCACCCGAGCUCUGGCCUAUUCGCACCCGUUCAUCCUCCCGCUCAAUAAACUCGUGGGCUUGCUCACCUGGUCCACCGGCGAUGCCUGGCAGAGUUUCCUGCUCCUCGCUAGCUUCUGGACCCUCGUUCUCUACGGCGAUGUCAUCAUCCUAUGGGCCGGCCCACUCCUGGUCGUCAUCGGUCUGAUUUUGGGCAUGUACUGGCGCCGAUACUCCCCGCUGUCUUCGUCCCGAACCGUCCCCAACGAGAACAAGAAAACGUCCGAUCAUCAGCGAGGUCCCUCCGAUGGAUCUCUGUAUCAUCAUGACAGCUUGGACGAGAUCGUGGAAUCCAUGCGUGUCUUCACCACCCGCUGUAACAUUCUGUUGGAGCCUUUGUUGGAACUGACCGACUUCCUCUCCACCCAGCGGACCGCGACGUCUGCAACGACCCGUCCCGCCCUCACCACUCUAUUCUUCCGGAUCCUCUUCGUUACCCCCAUAUGGAUUGCCUUGACCUUACCUCCAUUACGUCUGAUCACCACCCGUCGGGUCGUCCUCAUUCUGGGUACCAUCAUCCUUACCUAUCACUCCCGUCCCGCCCGAGUGGCCCGCGUGAUUCUGUGGCGAUCCUUGACCAUCCGUCGGAUAUGCUCCAUGAUCACCGGGCUCUCAUUCUCCCUGACCGUCGACAAGUCCAAGUCUCUCCUCACCCAAAGCCACGGCCAUGCCGCGAGCAUCGCCACCCGGCGACGGGGUGACUCCUCCGGUGUCCGCUUCACCUUCGUCCUGUACGAGAAUCAGCGUCGAUGGCUUGGAAUCGGAUGGACCUACUCCCUCUUUCCGUCGGAGCGUGCCGCGUGGACCGACGAGCAUCUCAACCAGGUCCCAUCCAAGGACGAGUUCGAGCUCCCGCAGGUCCAAAGCGGAAACGCGAAAUGGCGGUGGGUGGAAGGAAGCGAAUGGCGCAUCGACGGGGGAGACGGUGCCAACGACAAAGCUGAUACCAAAUCCACCGAUGGCGGCGGAUGGGUUUACUACGAUAACAAGUGGAACGACGGCCGUCGUGGCCAGGAUGGCUGGGAUCGAUACACCCGCCGGAGACGGUGGUGUCGCGAUGCGGAGCUGAUCGAGAUCAACAGCUCCACGGGAGAACCGCUGUCCGGUUUAACCCAGGCACUGGCACAAGAAACAGAGCAGAACCAAGAAUCCGGCAACCCUGACGCUUCAACAGUCGAUGCUGCUGAUUCCGAGAGCCUGGCCCCGUCGAUCUCGUCCUCUAAGCCCCGGAGACGACGGUGGUUCGGGAGUUCGAAGAGUGUAAGCGACAAAAGCAGCGUCUCCUCCGCACCUCCCGCCUCCAACCAUGAUCCCUCGCUUGAGCUCGGAAAAGUAACCUCUGGCCCUAGUUAUAGCUCAUCCGGAAACCUCGCCUCCAGACCGAUUAGCAUCCCGUCGCAUUCGCGCAAAUGGUCCAGCAACUCGCGCAGUUCAAGCCGCAGCGUCAGCUACGGGGGGGAGGGGAGCGUGCAUGGGAGCGGUGCGCACAGUGACAGCUUGAGUGUUCGAGAGAAGGAGAUCUCCCACGCCCAGGACCACCUAGAUCGAUGGGGGUCCCGGGCGACGGGGGGGAUUGAGCGAGCUGAGCGCGAGAUGGGGCUGGGCGAUGAAGUCAACAUGGGAUUAAGUUGA